AUGUCUGAGAGUUUCUCCGAACCGUAUGGAAACUCCUGUGAAUCUGAGGAAGGAUGGUUCAAAUUGCCGGAAGGAUGGAAAAUGUAUCGGACCGUCCUAUACAGAAGUUACAAGGACCCAAAGCCUUGCACUAAUUUCGCAAUUUAUGACAUGGACAAUACGCUAAUGAUAACUCCCAGUUACUUUGUAGAAGAACUUAAAAGAGGAGUCCAAAUCCAAAUCUCAAAACCCCUAAUACCCAACGAUUUUGUUUUAUUCGCACCAAACGUCAAGGAAAAACUACAUAAUGAACUUAAACAAGGAAAAGGAAUUUUGAUCAUUUCUAACCAGCGCGGUAUGCUCGAGAACAUUCCUUCUGCAUAUCUAAUUCUAGGUUUGUUUCUUUCCAUUCAAUUUUCUUCAGAACGGAUCGAACUUCUUUUAAGAGAGCCACCCGGGAUGUUACUUUUUUUCGAGAAAAAACUAAAUGGAGGACUACCCGUGGAUAGGGAUAACAGUUUUUUUGUAGGAGAUGCAGCAGGACGUAGAUUAGACUAUAAAUCAUCGUCACUGAUGAUGCGGAAUAUUUUAUCUAUUUUAAAAUCUACAGACUACUCAACACGUAGAUACUAUAAUAUUGAUGAAAAUGGAACCAUUGUUUACAUUAACCCGUACGAAAUAAUCAAGAAAUUAACGAUAUCCAAGAUGAAGAACAGAUUCAGCAAAGAUUUUUCAGAUUGUGACUUCAAAUUCGCCAUUAACAACUCCUUAACUUUCUAUACACCAGAUGAAUACUUUUACGGAGUACCGGAGUAUAACAUAAAGCUGGACUUUGACCCAUUGUUGGUGGGAUCGAAACCCUUUUUCCCUGUUGUCCCAAGCGGCUUGAUUCUUUUGAUUGGGAACUUGUCAUCUGGAAAGACACAUUUUUCAAGAAUUUUUAGGAAUUUCACACCAAUGUCACAGUCUGACUUUGGAAGUACUUUUCACUUUAUGGAAUCCUUGAGGAAAAAGCUGAUAAAACGAGAAAAUGUUGUCAUCGAUGAUAUUAAUAACACCGCCAAUGAACGCGUUCAAUUCGUACACCUGGCCUCAUCUCUGGGAGUGUUGGUCACCUUUGUACACUUGGACCUUUCCCAAAAUCUAGUCAAUCACCUAAACAAAGUUAAAAGGUUGUGCUGUGAUGAAAAAACGAGGGAAUUUUUCCAAGUGCCAGAAGUAAAGGGUACAUUCCAUAGUAAGAGACAGUUGACCAAGUUAAUAGUGGAAAGACCAUCACUCGACGAGGGUCCCAAUAUCAUCUACACCAUCAACGACAUAUCAUUUCCAAUGGAACACAAUGAACUCACACAACUCCACUUGCCAUAA